GGUCGGGAGACGACGCCUACCCGAAGGGGGCCGCUUCUGCAUUUCCCGGAGCCGCUGAGAGACCAAGCCCGGGAGGGGGUCUUCGGAGCCUGGAGAGCCGAGGUCUUCGAGGCGGCUGGAUACCCAGUUUGCAGACUUGCUCUGAUCUCACUUCUGGAGGGAGGAGAUAUGCCUUUGAACUUGGAGACACAGGAUGAUCAUCCUGCAGAGAGUACCACAGACAGCUCUAAAGAUGCUGAGACCAACAUCCACAACAAGUUCACAUCAACACAGGGAAUUUCUGAAGAAAGAGACAUGAUGUCAUGUGGGCUGGUGAAGAGUAUUUCUCAGGAGUCUGACUUUUCCGAAACGUGUGAAGUGGAGAAGCUCCAGGAAGCUCCUACCAUGGACAGUAUCAAAGAAUGGGAUGAAAGAAUACACUAUGCAAGAAAACCCUUCAGGUGUGAUGAGUGUGGGAAAUGCUUUAGCUUUUUCUCCUUCUACAUUAGACACCAGAGAGUCCACGCUGGGGAGAAACCCUAUUCAUGUGAAGAGUGUGGGGAAGCCUUUACUGUCAAUUCUUCCUUACUUCGGCAUCAGAGGAUCCAUGCUGAAGAGAACCUCUAUCAGUGUGAAGCAUGUGAGAGAGACUUUAACCAUAAUGCAGAUUUGAUUAGCCAUCAAAGAAUCCACAGUGAGGACAGACCCUAUCUCUGCAAGGAGUGUGGAAAUGGCUUUCCCACUUGCUCUGAGUUAGUUAUACAUCAGAGAAUCCACACUGGGGAGAAACCCUAUGAGUGUGAUGAGUGUGGAAGAGCUUUUUCUGUGAAAUCUACAUUAAGUCGGCAUCAGAGAAUCCACAGUGGAGAGAAAACCUGUGAAUAUAUGAAGUGUGGGAAUCUGUAGGACUUCAUACUAGUUAUAGUGUUAGGAGUAUGCCCACUCCAGAGAGUUGUUCUUUUGACCUACCAACAUUUUUACCCCCUUUUCAUGGUAAUUCUCUACUUUUUUUGAGGAAACCACCACUAUGCCUGCACUCAGCAGUUCAUGUAGUUUAGGUGAGACUUUCCCACUGCAAGGAUGGAACAUUUGACCCAUCUGCUAUGUUCUUUCUGCUUAACCACAAUGCUGGGUUCAGGUGAGCUAUGUUCACCCAAUCAGAAUGGACCCUGAGACCAGGCAGAUUUACAUGGAAGUAACAUCGUCUUACUCCGCCAGUCUUGAAUGUUAGCUUUGAUUCACAUGAAGACUAAGAAGGUACCCAGCCCUACAGGUGACAUUUUGAGAGAAAGCGAGAACUAAACCUGCUUCUCUAUUUUUCAGUGACAUGAAUCAAUAAGUUCCAAUUUUUGUUUUGUUUACAUAAGUAAUUUUACUAAUUAAAUCUUUAUGUAUUUUAUGAGAAGGAGAGAUUAGAUUUUUGACAGGGGUUUUCCAUAUUGUAACUCUCCUACGCCAGCCUCCCAGUUAGCUAGGCAUGUACCACUGUGUCUGACCUAUGUAGGUUGAGCCAAGAAUUGACCUUAGCUUUAUGUGUCCUCAGCCUCUCAAUAGCAGCAUGUUGGUAGUGCACUCUGCUGAGCCUGGCUUAAAUAGUUUUGAGUUGAGUUUUGUCACUUGUAACAGCUUCUUUACUGAUAAAGAGUCUCGUAUAUUUUAAAGCCUUCAGAGUCAACAUGUGAUUUGGCACCAUUGAGCCCUUACUGUCGUUAAAAUAUAUUGGUUUGAGAAAGCCUCCAUACUCCUGGUUUGGCUUCCUUAAGUAAACUGCAACCUUACUUAGAAGGCUACUGCUUUGAUUGGUUGCUAGGGUACAGCUAAGCAGAGCAGCUAGACAUCCUGCCUUUUAAACUGUGUUAAGACAGACAAACUUUAAGAUGUAAUGAAUCCAAUUGUUCCUUUACCUCAUUCCUUCACUUCCAUUUUUGUAUAUCACUUGCCCAUUCUGGAACAUAAGUAUCUCCUACCUCAAGGCUACCUGAAGUCCCCUUGGAAGCCAUUCUGGGGUGCCCAUUUGAGUUGUGUUUAUUCUCGCACAAUUAAA